UCAAGCGAUCUUGUCACACCAGCUGUCGCCGGCCUCUGCACAUAGGUCCAUAUAUCUGUUCUAGCUGCCUGUCUGCAACUUUGCGUGGGCGAAUACCUUCGUAUGUCACGGGCUUGUCACGAAUGUCGACAAAGCCUUUACUUGUCUCUCCUACAUACACACAGACAGACAGACUUCUACACACAUACAUGAAUGCCCGUGGGUAUGUAUUUCUGACUCACUCACCAGUCGCCAUCCGCAGCUCUACUUGGGCCGUCUUGCUAUGCCCUGCAUGCCAACUCAUGCACAGUCAUGACGCGUGAGGCGGCUUUGCCUGGCUGCCUAUAGCUACGUGUCGCGACAUCUUUAUACCAGGCAGCCGAUCCGUCUUGGUGGAUGGUGACAUGCUCCCGCUGCCUCGCUCUAGAGUGGGGAGACACACACGCACAUACGUCGCGAAGACAUGAUGCGUGGGUGCGUCCAUGCUUGAGCACUCUUUUUACCUGCAGGCCGUGCACUUGGUGACGCUGACGCCCCAGAUGCUGCGGUCACCCUCUCCGCUACCCCUGCUGUAAGGCUGGGCUCCUGCUGACGGCCCGUCAACUGCUGGCGCUGGCACUGUUGGCGGAGGAUGGUGCCUGAGUCAGCCAAACACAUAACGUAAGUACUAUAUAUAUAUGCCCACAUACACCCUUACACUUUAUGUGUGCAGCCACGAAAAGCCGCAAAGUGCUCUGAAACGACGCAAUGGCCUGAGGGUCGAUGGCUCGGAGGUUGGCGCGGCGUGCGAAUGCGUGAGCACGCUGCAU